AUGCAGCAAACGGGCCGAUUUGUACCCUCAAAGUAUCACUUCGCUCUUUUAUUCGUCGUUGGAGGCACCUCCCUCCUCUUUUUUUACGGCUUUGACGAGCUGAAAUUCGGUUAUUUGAACGUCGGAAGCGAAGAGUACAUCAGGAUGAUGGAACAGUUCAUUUUGGAUGCAACAUCGAUGGCCACUAGGGAAAAAUGCAUACAUAGGAGUAAUGCAGUGUCACCACAGGCUGAACGAUCUUCGAAAGAAGAGUCUGCUGCAACUUUGGCCUUCCUGGAUCCCUACUCGCUUCUUAAUAAAGUUCCUACGUAUACAUGUGGUGGAAUAAUGUGGCGGAGGGAUAAAAACUCUGAACAUGGUAAUAAAGGCAAUGGCGGUCAGAAACCAAAACUUGGGCCGGGAGGACCCGACGACAGCAGCAAGAAAAGCCCACCGAGUCCCAAACUCCCAAUGCCACAGAACAAUCCACCUAUGGGCAUGCGACCUGAUCUACCCGAGAUGCCCAUUCAAAAUAAGCCAAACAUUGGUGCAGUGAGCACCCCACAUCCAACAUCGCCCAUAGGUCUGGGUACCCCCGAUGCAAUAGGCGAGACAUUAUUAACUCAUUCGUCUCCUUCUCCGUCAAGUGCGGUGCAUGUCACUACAGAGACAUCAACCAUUGAAGUCGCGCAUACUCUUGUUAAUUCCAUUCCAUCGACGCUCGGAACGUUAGCAAGAACAAUAACCUCUCCAGGCCCAACUCAAACUGUGACUGAACGAGUACCACCAUCUGAACACACCAAAGUUGCAAUAGGAGUCGGAGUAGGCAUUGAGGUGCCAGAAUUCCGUGGGGGAGGUCACCAGGUGUCAUUGACCGGGAAAAAUCAAUAUUGGCCUGGACGGAGGCGACUAGGACAACCGAUGUGUAUUUCCCGUCAUCUACAAGAACUUCUACAUGCCCAGAUCAUGCGCUAG